AUGGAUCAUGCUAACCACACCUGGACCCAGACUUUCACCCUUGCUGGCUUCACUCCUUCUGGCACUCUGAGACCUCUUGCCUUUCUGGGAACCCUGUGCAUCUAUCUCCUCACACUUGGAGGGAACUUGUUUAUCAUUGUCCUUGUCCAAGCAGAUUCAGGGCUGUCGACUCCCAUGUACUUCUUUAUCAGUGUCCUCUCCUUCCUGGAACUCUGGUAUGUCAGCACCACAGUGCCCACCUUGCUACAUACCCUGCUCCGUGGACGUUCACCCAUCCCAUCGGCUGCAUGCUUUGUCCAGUUGUAUGUCUUCCAUUCCUUAGGCAUGACUGAGUGCUACCUGUUAGGUGUCAUGGCUCUGGACCGCUACCUGGCCAUCUGUCGCCCACUGCAUUACCAUGCGUUCAUGAGCAGACAGAUACAGCUGUGGCUAGCAGGUGCCACUUGGGUGGCUGGCUUUUCAGCUGCCCUGGUGCCUGCCAGUCUCACUGCCACUUUGCCCUACUGCUUGAAAGAGGUAGCCCAUUACUUUUGUGACCUAGCACCACUAAUGCGGUUGGCAUGCGUGGACACAAGCUGGCAUGCUCAGGUUCAUGGAGCAGUGAUUGGUGUGGCCACUGGAUGCAAUUUUGUCCUCAUCUUGGGACUCUAUGGCGGUAUUCUGACGGCUGUUCUGAAGCUGCCUUCAGCAGCCAGCCGUGCCAAAGCCUUCUCCACUUGCUCUUCCCACAUGACAGUGGUGGCGCUGUUCUAUGCUUCUGCUUUUACCGUGUAUGUGGGCUCGCCUCAGAACAGACCUCAGAGCACCGACAAACUUAUUGCUCUAGUGUACGCCCUUCUCACUCCAUUCCUCAACCCCAUCAUCUAUUCUCUUCGUAACAAAGAGGUGAAGGAGGCUGUGAAAAGGGUCAGUGACAAGAUCAGGACUUCGCUGAGGGAAGCCUGA